GUUCUUUCCUCAUUAACAAGUUAUGCAGCCCCUCCUCCAAGCAACUUCAAAUUCUCUCCCCCAAAACAAAGCAGAACUCAUAUCCGCUGCUCGUUUUCUCCAUAUUUUGUGUCUCUCUUUUCUCUAGUCUGUUCCCAUUUUGUGUAAUCAUGGUGCUUGAGGCGACAAUGAUCUGCAUCGACAAUUCGGAGUGGAUGCGGAACGGGGAUUAUUCUCCGAAUCGAUUCCAAGCUCAGGCCGACGCCGUUAACCUAAUUUGUGGCGCUAAAACUCAGUCAAAUCCUGAGAAUACGGUGGGAGUGUUAACAAUGGCUGGGAAAGGGGUUCGCGUAUUGGUCACUCCAACUAGUGAUCUUGGCAAGAUCUUGGCGUGCAUGCACGGUUUAGAAAUAGGCGGUGAAAUGAACUUGGCUGCUGGGAUCCAGGUUGCGCAGUUGGCCCUCAAGCAUCGCCAAAACAAGAAGCAGCAACAAAGGAUAAUUGUGUUUGCUGGAAGUCCUGUUAAAUAUGACAAGAAGGUGUUGGAGUUGAUUGGAAGAAAACUGAAGAAGAACAGUGUAGCUCUUGACAUUGUAAAUUUUGGUGAAGAAGAUGAGGAAAAGAGGGAGAAGCUUGAAGCGUUGCUUGCUGCAGUAAAUAACAAUGACAGCAGUCAUAUUGUUCACGUUCCUCCAGGCCCAAGUGCUCUUUCAGAUGUGCUUAUCAGUACUCCAAUCUUUACUGGUGAUGGAGAAGGGGGGAGUGGUUUUGCAGCAGCUGCAGCUGCUGCUGCAGCUGGUGGUGUAUCUGGAUUUGAAUUUGGUGUGGAUCCAAACUUGGAUCCUGAACUUGCUCUUGCACUUCGCGUAUCAAUGGAAGAGGAGAGGGCAAGGCAAGAAGCAGCUGCAAAGAAAGCUGCAGAAGAAGCUGCAAAGCAGGAAAAAGGAGAACAGCAGUCCACUUCACAAGACACAACCAUGACUGAGAAUGUGGAUCCUGGAACUUCUGAGCCUGAUAAGAAGACACAUGAUCUAAUGGAUGAUGAGAAUGCAUUGUUACAGCAGGCCCUGGCUAUGUCCAUGGAUGAUUCCUCCUCAACAGUUGCUGUGCGGGAUACUGACAUGUCAGAUGCAUCUGCUGAUGAUCAUGAUCUGCAACUUGCCCUUCAGUUGUCUGUACAAGAGGGUGCAGUAGAUCAAUCAAACCAGACAGACAUGAAUAAGCUGUUGGCAGAUCAAUCCUUUGUGUCCUCCAUCCUUACUUCACUUCCAGGAGUUGAUCCAAAUGACCCCCAUGUCAAGGAUUUGCUUGCCUCUAUGCAGAGUCAGUCUGAGCCGAACAAAGAGGACGAUAAGGCUCCAAAAGAGGAUGAAAAGAAGUGAACAUGCCUAUAGUCGUAUCCACCAUCAGGAACUUGUGUUGCACAGGGGAAGAAUCUUUCGAUCGAAGAGUUGUGUAAGCAUCGAAGUUGGCACUAGGGAUGUUGGUUAUUGUUGUCAGUCAGAAGGGAAUAUGCCAUGACCAUUCUCAUGUUGUGAACUGAUGAUGUAGCAUGAUCUAGUGAAUUCGGAGAUUUUUUGUUAUCUAACAGUUUACGUGAAAUGGGCUAUUUCCAUGAAAAUAUGUGGCAUGGGUUACUGAA